UGAAAGUGCUUGCCAUGAGCGGCUGGUGCCUGUCCCCUGGGAACUGCGAGAUGCACAGGGACCUCGUGUACCUGUUUGUGAUCACAGCCGAGGACAAGCGAGGCAGCAUCACCACAUCCACACGGGGAUUUUACCAUAACCGGUGUGCAGCUGGAUGGCCCCUGUGACGGAGCACACUGUGGACUGCAUGUGUGGAGAGGCGCCUGCACCUCGAGGCUGGGCUGUGAGGAGACAUUCCUGCAUGGGAGACUGACCUCGCCUGGUCCUCACUGGGAACCCCCUUCCUUCCUGGGUGCCAGCCCCAGUACUGGAACGAGGAGUUGCAGAUGAUGAGGGACCUGCCCAACAAGAACCAACCUGAGCAGCUGCUUCAAGAAAAAGCCAUGUUCAAGGUGCCCGAAGCCCCUGGUACACAGCAACUUCAGAGUGGCAGCCACAUGGGGCGUCAUGGGAGUCAGGGAGGCAUCGGCAUGGCCAUCAGCCCCAGUGAGGAGACCAAGCUGCAGAUGUUCACGUGGAGCUGCAUCAUCUUCAGCCUGGGCUUUGUUAGUGGCCACUACAAGGACUUUGCCGGGGAUGUGGCAGCCUCCAUAGCAUUCACCAGUGACCUGAAUGGUGAGCACUCGCACAAUGCAUUGGACAUGGAGGGUCUGUACAUGCUGAACACAGCAGAGGUGGAUGACUGCGGCUACUGGGUCAGGUUCCAAGUCCUCAUCCCUGGCAUCCUGUAGUGGGACCAGGAGCAGAGUGUCAUCUGUGGCUCCACUGACUUUGCAAGAUGGCAGUGUUGCCCCCGUGUUGCCUGGAUCUGCUGGAGCACAUGUUAACUGCUCAAGACCCUGAGCAACUGCAUGCUCAGCCAUUGUGAAGAUGAGGCGGAGCUCUUCUCGGUUGAGGGCAAGGGCCUCACUGGCAAUGACAGGUGCCACUACGUUCUCUACCUCCUGAGCCCACUGCCCCUGACCUCAGCUUCCUGCCUGUGCCCCACAAGGAGCUGCCAGAGGAGUGCUCCCAUGCCAGCUUCCCCUGCACCCCUAGGCACAGGUUCUGUCGCCUGUGCCAGGAGCUGGUGGACGCCUCAUGGAGCACAGUUGAGGAGCAGCCCUGUGAGGCUGAGGCUGCAGCCAGCUGCACUCUGCUGUGGGCAUGGGCACCCUGGGUGGUUCUGGGGCUGGAUCGUUGGAGAAGCUCUGGACAGUGAAGAAGAGCUCAUUCUGGCCACACUCACUAGAGCCCCUUUCCCAUCCCCCAACCACCUGCCAUCAGGCUCCCAGAUGCAGAAUCUGGAGCUUUGUGUUGGUUGCAAGCCAGUGAGCAGUCAAACCAGUGACCCAGCUGAGCUGUGCCGUUCUGAGGAGCGUUUGGAAGUCGCUGGGUGGGUUGUGAAGGUCACAGUCCCUGAGUGUUGGUGCUGCUGGUUUUUAGUGCUUAGGAGUUGGCCAUGUUAAAUUUCCCACACCACGAGUAACUCUUUUCCAGAAGCCAGUGGCAUUCCUGUCUCUGUGAGAGUCCUGGUCUGAAUGUGGACCCCUCUCCCCAACCUCCAUGCUCUGGCUGUCUUAUUCCUGUCUGGGGAGAUCUGGCAGCCACCACCUUGUUCCUUGGGUCUUUGAGAGCAAAGCUGAGUUCUGGUUGGGCUUGCAGCAGGAGAAGGAAUCUGACACCAUCUAUAAGGCCCAGGUGGGCUGUCACAGGGCCGGCGGGCAGAACUGCGCCUGUGGGUUGUGGUCAGCUAAUCCUUUCCUGCCUCUGUUCACUCUCCUGUUUUUGGGUGAGAACCACGAGAACGAAAGCUCUGAGAACCUCAAGUGCCUGGCCCAGCAGGCCGUGGCCCAGCAGCGCACCAUCAACGGGAGAUACCAGUCGCCUGCAGUGACAGCAUCCUGCCCCUCCAAGUAUAUCGCUGGGAGGAGCUGGGCCCCCACCUGGCCUGGGUAGGAUGAGUCUCACUCACAGCUCAUCCUCCCCACAGCCCCUGAGUUCACAGCCCCCAGCAUGGCCAGCGUCUGGAGCAGCUCCAGGUCAUCAUUAACGUUGUCUUCAUUCCUCUCAGCUGGGGCCCCUCUAUGGCUCCCUACUUAGAAGUUGGCCUUUAGUUUUUUUAAGAUAUGUAAUAGGCUGACAUGGCUCAAAAUGGAAAAGUAGCCAGUGAUGAGAAGUUCUUUGUGAAUCCUUCCAGAAAUACUCCAUGUGAUCUCCCCCGCCCCGCUUUUCUUUGGAAUUGUGGCAUGCCACGGUUGAAGGUUAUUAUUGUUUACUUAACAAUAUAUCUUGGUGGUCUUCCA